GCGAAGCAGACGCUCAGCAGUGGGAUGGAUCCUGACUACUAAAGAGCAACGGAGAGAGAGGAGGGGUGGCAGGCAGCCGGCAGAGGUGCAUAAAUCCUCAUUUCCAGAUCUGGAGGAAGAAACGUACGCUGUCCGGGGCGAGACCACCACGUUGGCUUUCCAAAACAUCAAGAGGCAGCGCUCCCCGCGGCUUGCCGCACAUUCAGGAGAGACGAGGAACCCGGCUGAGGCUGUCAAAAGCAGAGGUGGGCUGGGAGGAGGUCUAUGACCCUUGAUUUUCACCAGGGGAGUGGCGCAGGGGGACGUAGCUGGCGACGAGCAACAGACGCUCGGCUCUUGUAAUCUUCCCAUUCACUAAUUCAUUCCAUGCCAUUGUCAUAGCGAUGUAAAGCCAUUCUGUGCCGACCGAAGGAGGCACGCUCCAAUCAGCGAGAUCUUCCAUUUCUAUCAGUGUCUCUUGGUUUCCCUUCACUUCUUUGUGCUCUGUCCCUCAGAAACCGGACGGCGUCACUCCUGUCUUUUCAUGUGACUUGGUCUUUCUGGAGCUGUCAUUGUGUUUGGUUCUGCAUGGAAUGACAGCUGCUUUUUUAGAGACGGCGGACGAGGUCGCAGAUGGAGUGAGGACUGGAAAGCUCCUUGAGAAAUCGUAAAGAACCUCUUCAAAGACUUGCUGCUUUCUCAAGCGUUUAGACUUGCUUCAUUGCACACUUUCGAUCUCACCGGUUAUCGCUGGAUACCAAUGACAGCCAUGAAGGGAGACUCCGAAGACAGCAUCGAAAGCGUGAGGCCGUCCAGCCUGCAAGUUUUCGCCAACUCCUCCACGCUACAUGGCAUGAGCCACAUUUUCGCCUAUGGCCACAUGACGUUCCGUCGCUUUCUGUGGACGCUGUCCUUCAUGGGCUCUCUGGGUCUCCUGAUGUUUGUGUGCAUGGACCGGGUGUACUACUACUUCGAGUUCCCUCACGUCACCAAACUUGAUGAGGUGGCAGCGCCCAACCUCACCUUUCCGGCCAUCACCUUCUGCAACCUCAACGAGUUUCGUUUCUCGAAGAUCACGAAGAACGAUCUGUACCACGUCGGGGAGCUGUUGGCAUUGCUCAAUGAGAACUAUCAGAUCGCUAACCCUCACCUGGCCGAGCCGGAAGUCCUCGCUUUGUUGAAGGAGAAGGGUAAUUUUGUCAACUUCAAGCCUAAGCAGUUCAACAUGACGGAUUUCUACAACCGCACUGGUCAUGAUAUCAACGAAAUGCUCUUGCAGUGCACCUUCAGAGGGGAGGAUUGCUUCCCUGUAAACUUCACCACUAUUUACACAAGAUAUGGGAAAUGUUACACGUUCAACUCUGGUCUGGAUGGAAACCCCUUGUUGACGACUUUAAAAGGCGGAACAGGAAACGGGCUGGAAAUCAUGCUGGAUAUCCAACAGGAUGAGUACUUACCAGUUUGGGGUGACACAGACGAAACCUCGUACGAGGCGGGCAUCAAAGUUCAGAUCCACAGCCAGGAUGAGCCGCCCUUCAUAGAUCAGCUGGGAUUUGGUGUGGCCCCUGGUUUUCAGACUUUUGUGUCUUGUCAGCAGCAACUGCUCCAGUAUCUUCCUCCGCCAUGGGGCGACUGCAGAUCCGAACCGAUGGACUCUGAAUACUUCUCCACUUACAGCAUCACGGCCUGUCGCAUCGACUGCGAGACGCGUUACCUGCUCGAAAACUGCAACUGCAGAAUGGUGCACAUGCCAGGCACCUCUACUGUUUGUACACCCGAACAGUACAAAGACUGUGCCGAUCCAGCUUUAGAUUUUCUAGUGGAGAAGGACAAUGAUUACUGCGUCUGCGAUACGCCGUGCAACAUGACUCGAUACGGUAAAGAGCUGUCCAUGGUGAAAAUACCCAGCAAAGCUUCCGCAAAAUACCUCGCCAAGAAGUUCAACAAAACAGAGCAGUAUAUUGCGGACAACAUAUUGGUGCUGGAUAUCUUUUUUGAGGCUCUGAACUAUGAGAAAAUUGAACAAAAGAAAGCAUAUGAAGUGGCUGGAUUACUUGGUGAUAUCGGUGGUCAGAUGGGACUGUUUAUAGGAGCCAGUGUCUUGACAAUAUUGGAGAUAUUUGAUUAUUUGUACGAGGUUUUUAAGGACAAAGUGCUAGGACAUUUUCUACGCAAGAGACGGCCACAUCGGAGCGCUAGUGACAAUCUGGAUUUCCCCGAGAAUCCCACCAGCCCUGGUGUCACGCCUAACCAUGUCCCCAGCUUUCAAGAUGGAGAUGAUGUUUUGCAGAAGUUCAGAGCACAUGCGACACACUCCGGAGUCACUCGGACAGUCUCGGAUUCGCGCCGAACGUGCUACCUAGUCACCCGGCUAUAGGCAACUUCGAGGAGUUCGCUUGUUGAUGACGCAAGCGACCGGAUGGUUUAGGAUUUGACGGAAAACUGUGAAAUAUAUAUCAGAUAGACUCCAAAAGAAGUGUAAGUCCACGAAAAUGUACAUGUUAAUAGUUCAAACACAAAAAAAAAAACACCACCACC